AUGGAGGACAGAGACCACGGCCCCGCUGAGAACCUUCCUGAAUCUCCACACCGCAUCGUCGACGCCGACGAGGAGGGAGACGAAGACGGAGGCGGCUUCACCUUCCCCGUCCUACCGUUCGCGGCGGACGCGCUCAUCGUGCCCGUGUACCCCAUCUUCGGCCGCCCCCCGUCCCCGCCGGCGGCGGCCUCGGUCGACGAGCAGGAGACGGCCACCGUGCGAGUCCCGCUGGGGCAGCUCCUGCUGGAGGAGCGCGACUUCCGCGCGAGGCAGAGGGACGAAGAGAGCUUCGGGGACGGCGAGCUGGAGGGCGUGGCGCCGGAGAGCUACUGCCUCUGGGCCCCCGGACAGUCCACUCCGGCGUCCCCGCGGCGGUGCCGGAAGAGCGGCUCAACGGGGUCGGUCCUCCGGUGGCGGCGCAUCAGUGAGCGCCUCGUGGGGCGGAGCCACAGCGACGGCAAGGAGAAGUUCGUCUUUUUGAACGCCACUUCAGGGCCUCCCAAGCAGGGGGACGUGGAGGAAGGAAGCAGCAGGAGCGACGGUGGCGGCGCCGCCGAUGCCCACGGAUGGAGUUAUUACAGCAAAGGAGGAGGAGGAGGAGGAAGCGGCGGCGCUGGCCGGAGGAGAUCUUACCUCCCAUACAAGCAAGAGCUUGUCGGGUUGUUCGCCAACGUCAGUGGGUUACGGCGAAGUUAUCCCCCAUUCUAA